CACAUCUGAGGCUCGCAUCCCUGCAUCUCGAAGCCAAACCACAAUGUGGAGAAAAAGGGUUUUUUUGCUCCUUUUCUCUCUUUCAACUCUAAAAGCAGAACCGAAUUUUGAGCAAAUGGGAAAAACAAACAAACUUACCUCUCCAAUUUUGAACUCAGAGACGAACAUAGUCACGAAGGGUCAAAAUGUAUCUAUAAUUUGUUCCAGCCAGAGCAAAUUAUCGCCAAUCACCUAUUCUCUUUUUCGGGAUCAAAAUUGCAUCGGAACACAGGACAGCAAAGGUGAACACGUGACUUUUAACCUGAGCAUCUCAGAAGCCAGCGAUUUGGGGCCUUACAAAUGUAAAACGCAAGUUCCCAGCUGUAAAGAACACAACUGUACAAGAUACAGUCAUGAGUUCAGCUUCAUGUUUGUCGAACUCACCUCUCCAAUUUUGAACUCAGAGACGAACAUAGUCAUGAAGGGUCAAAAUGUAUCUAUAAUUUGUUCCAGCCAGAGCAAAUUAUUGCCAAUCACCUAUUCUCUUUUUCGGAAUAAAAAUUGCAUCGGAACACAGGACAGCAAAGGUGAACACGUGACUUUUAACCUGAGCAUCUCAGAAGCCAGCGAUUUGGGGCCUUACAAAUGUAAAACGCAAGUUCCCAGCUGUAAAGAACACAACUGUACAAGAUACAGUCAUGAGUUCAGCUUCAUGUUUGUCGACCCAGUGACCACUCCAGUGCUGAACAUUACGAGAAUAGCCAGCCAUUAUGUAACGCUACACUGCAUCUCGUCCAACGGCUCCCUGCCCAUCAAUUACACUUUCUUUGAAAACAACAUCACCAUAUCACGAGUUAUUAUCAAGAAUGUAAGGGAGCCUGCUGAAUUUAACCUAACCAAGAACCGUGUAGGAGUGGAGAAGUACAAGUGUAAAGCUGAAAACAGACUGCCUCGCCAUGUGAAAUACAGUCAUCCCAUCACCAUAACCUCAAAAGGAGAGGGGAGCUGUCCAUUCUGCCUGCAGCUACUGCUUCCCGUGUCAUUACUGGUACUCUUCGUGACAAUCCUAAUUCUGGCAUUUUGGACACUGUCAAAGUACAAAGCAAGAAAAGCUCGGAGAGAUAAGGCACCCAAAGACUAUGGCAACAUACCCAUGGAAGUUGGACUAUAUGCAAAUGUCUGUGAAAAUCCAGGAGACAAGGAGUCUGCACCAGGCUUGGAACGAAGGCAGUGUGUUUCCACAGCCCAAGAUGAAACCAAAUCCUCUCAGGAGAUACAUUAUGCCACCCCCUUGUUCCAGAAGGUGACACCACAAAAUCACGAAGCCUGUAAUAAAGGUAAAACUGAGUACAUCUAUUCUGAAAUCAUCUUGUGAAACAAAGAUACAAACUACAUCUCAGGUUCUGGAGGCCAGAAGUCCAAAAUCAAGGAGUCAGCAGGACACACUCUCUCCAAAGGCUCUAGCGGAGAACCCCUACUUGCCUCUCCCAGUUUCUGGUGGUUCCUGGAGCUUCUUGGCUUGUGGCAGAAUCACUCCAAUCUGUCUUGGUCUUCCCGGGGCCUUUUCUUCUUCUGCCAUUCUCAUCCUGAUCACAAGACGCUGGUUUAGGAACCAGCCAGAUAAUCCAGGAUGACUUCAUCUCAAGAUCCUUCACCUAAUUACACCUGCAAAGACCCUUUUUCCAAAUAAGGUGACAUCCACAGGUUCCAGGAGUUAGGAUUUGGACGUAUGUUUUGGGGAAGUCACCAUUCAACCUUCUACGGGGGACAAAUGAGAAAUCAUACCUAUGUCAAGGACCUACUGUGAGAGUUAAUUCAGGUGACAAAUGUAAAGGGCUUGGAAUAGGGCCAGCAUAUAAUAAGAACUCAAAGCUGGCUAUUUAUGAUGUGAUGAUGCUUACUCUGAGUCAUACUGAUUGGCUGCUCCCCUGAGAAACCGUGAAGUCUUUGAAGUCAUGAACUUGGUGAUCUGGGCCACCAUUGGCUUCUUCAUCUUAAUCUGAGCUCCUUCCUGAAGCAGAGCUGAGACAAGGAUUGGGUGCAGGUCAUUUACAUGGGAGGUGAUCCCAGGGAGCAGGAGGACCCAGUGCCAGUGAAACAGAAAUCAGAAGCCAACACAAAGGGAGGGGAGGGGUCAGCAAAUGAGUGACCCUACUGGUAACUGGAUUUGCUCCUGUAAAGGCCUUCCAAGGGCCUGAGGUCCAGAACACUGCUAAGUUUCACAGCAAGCCCUCCAUCAACAGUCCCUCAUUGUCUCCUUGCAAACCUUCUAAAGCAGUUAGUAAAAGCCAACGAACGCCAUAAUCCACAUGAUUACCAUUGUCCCCUAUCUUCCAAGUGCUAGAACUAGUCCAUAACCUAGUGCUUGCUACCUAGCUCUGUGGUGCGAAGUCUUAGUAAUUGUGAGGCUACGGUGUGCAAGGGUUUUCACUAACCCCCUUGCCACCAGCAGGAGAGUCCUUGUCAUCCACCCAGGGAAUAAUUCCCUUUCCCAGGGCUGCUUUCUAGGACCUUCUAAUACCCUGUCUUAUCCUGGGCUAGCCCUGAAAACAAGAGCCUGAGAUAAAGCCUUUCAUGCACAUAAUUUAUUUGGAGGUGACGGGUGGGGGGAUGGAACAGGCAUGAGGGACUGGAGGAAAAGCCAGUACAAGGAUGUACUGUUGAGUUGAGCAAUGCUCUGAGUAAUCAGGACUUGAUCCCACUGAAACCUGCUGAGGAGGGAAAACACCAUCUCCCAAACUGUCCACUGGGGAUGAUAGUGAGAAACGUUUAUCCAUCGGCUGAAGGCCGCCCCACCCCCACCUCCACUUCUGAGCUGUGCAUGUGGUCAUUCCAAGCUGGCUUCCAUUAGCGCCUCCCUCACCCAGGGCACUGAAAAGCCUCAGGGCAGAAAAUGAGUGAUAUGUGUUGUACCCUUGCAGCACAAACUGUCCACAUGAAGUGUGUGAAGCUGCAGAUGCAGUGGGAAUCAGAGGUGAGGCCAGGGGAUGUGACACAGGACACAGAGGUGGCUGGUAUGCUCUCUCAACAUUUCCUUUUUAACAACUAUAGUAACGACAAUAACUAUCAUGUGUUGAGCACGUACCAGGUUCCAGGUACUUUUCAGUGAUUUGUGCAAUUAUCCUUAUAUAGUGCUUGCAACUACCUCUGCACCCAGCUCCGCUUCACCCCUGCACAGACACCCAGUGUCUACCCCCCACCCCUGCCCUAGCUUUUGCAUUGAAUUGUUUAGGAAGGGAAGGAGAAGAAAAGGAAUAUCUAUUUUUUUUUUCAUGUCUAGAAGUUCUACUUUGGUUCUUUUUCAAAUCCACCUAUUUCUUUAAACAUUUUGUGUUGUGAAAUGGCACACACAUUAUAUGGAAAUAUGUAAAAAUAUGCAUGUGGUUUAAUAAAGUUUAUCAGGUGAACACUGGUGAUGGAAUGCCAUCAGCAGCCCAGAAACCACUUGCAGGCCCCUUCCCACCCACAACCCAUCUCCCCAACUUUAUUCCUCUUUUAUGGGACAUCUGGGUGGCUAUUAGUUUGGAGCUAUUGCAAAUAAUGGGGCUACGACUAUCCUUAUGCUAGGAACCUGGUUCCCAUGUGCAUGCAGUUAUGUUGAACAUGCACGGGUUGUGGGGUAUGUUUAUCUCCAGUCUCACUAGACAAGGAUACCCUGUUUUCCACAGCAGUCCUGCGCUGCCUCUUAAAGCAUUCUAGGAUCUGGGACGACGAGUACAAGCCCAUAAAGGCUGAGGUCCCUAAGACAAGGUGCCUGAAUAAAAGGACCCACGAGUAGGACUGAGAUUUUCUUCAGAAAAGUCACUUGUAAAAAAUAAACUUCGUAGUUUCUCACAGUUAUAAAACUAGGGACUGACCCUCAAACUGCAAAAAUGAGAUUUAAGAUUUUCAGUAGGCAUACAGGGGUAACGGCCCUUCCCUUGAGGCUGCCGUGUUACAAUGAGAGGAAGCGAAUGAGAGCGUGCGGCACUGCGUCCUCACCCCGACAUCCCAGUGUUCUCGAGAACGGGGAUCGCCGCCGUGAGAGGAGACACAGAGGCGUGAUAGAAGAGGUAAGUAAAAACCCUACAGUCCUAAAGGGCGUAAGAGGAUUUUUUUCAGUGACGGAAAUGUUCUAUAUUGUCAUUGUGGUGGUGGUUACACAUUUGUCAAAACCUGCAUUUGUAGCUUUAAAGUAGGUCAAUUUUUUUGUUUGUAAAUUAUAUGUCAAUAAAAAUGAUUA